AUGUCCGCUCUUGAUGUUGAAGCGCUCCUUGACUCGACUGCGGUAGCAACCAAUGGCGCAAAGCAUGACGAGGGUGAUCGCCAUCAGCACGAUCGAUCGGAACGUAGAGACCGCGAUCGCUAUCGUGACAGCUCGCGUGAUCGAGACCGGGACAGGAAGCGACGCGAUAGAAGCCGUGAGCAUCGAAGAGAUCGAGACGAUGAUCUGAGGAGCCCUCGCAGUGACCGAGGAAGUCAGAACGGUAGUCACCGAAGCAGACGCAGAAGCCGAUCCAGAGACGAUGACAGACGAGCCAGACGUGAUCGUGAUGACCACCGCACAAGUGGUGACUACUAUCGAAGCAAUAGGCGCUCACGUUCUCCAGACGAUAGAUAUUACAGACCACGAGACGGCCGCCCGAAGCGAGAUCGCGACGAAGAGCCUAAAGAACGAGAAAAGCCGCGCCCAAGCAAUGACGAUCGCAAGUCCAAGACUCCUGAACCUAACGAAGACGAACGAGAUCGAAGAACAGUUUUCGUUCAGCAGCUGGCUGCUCGACUGCGUACAAAAGAGCUUAUCCAAUUCUUCGAAAAAGUUGGCCCCGUCAAGGAAGCCCAGAUCGUCAAAGACAGAGUCAGUGGUCGAUCCAAAGGUGUUGGUUACGUUGAGUUCAGGGAGGAAUCUUCUGUUCAGCUUGCUAUCCAGCUGACAGGACAGAAAUUACUCGGCAUUCCCAUCAUUGCUCAGCUUACUGAAGCAGAAAAGAAUCGUCAAGCCCGAAACACAACUGCCACUAGUGGUAACCAGAAUUCAGUUCCCUUCCAUCGCCUCUAUGUAGGCAACAUCCAUUUCAGCAUUACUGAACAAGAUUUACAGAACGUUUUCGAACCUUUUGGCGAGCUCGAAUUUGUACAGCUCCAGAAAGAAGAGCAGGGUCGAAGUCGUGGCUACGGCUUUGUUCAGUUUCGUGAUCCUGACCAAGCACGUGAGGCGCUUGAGAAGAUGAACGGAUUUGAACUGGCUGGCCGUCCAAUUCGAGUCGGGCUCGGAAACGAUAAGUUCACACCUGAAUCAACAGCUAAUCUGCUGCAGCGGUUUCAAGGACAAGAUCGCCAAGAUCGAUCAAUUUACCAGGGCUCCGCCUUUUCUGGCUCUGGAGGGAGAGGUGCACACGCUGGCGGCUCCGGUGGCACUUUCGACCGAGCGGGAGGCAGAGACGACCAGAAAGGUGCAGGCGGUGCAAGUGCUCUCGACGAUACGGAUGUGGCAGGUGUCAAUUUCAAUAACUAUAGUCGAGAUGCAUUGAUGCGAAAGCUCGCUAGGACUGACGACCCCGAGCCAGAUCCUCGACAAGUUGUCGCUCCCAAGAAGGAAGCCAAAUCCGUGCCUGUCAGUGUUAGCCAAGCAAGCCGAUGCGUGCUCCUAAGAAAUAUGUUCGACCCAGCCGAAGAAGAAGGCGAUGUCUGGGUCAAAGAACUCGAAGACGAUGUUCGACAAGAAUGCGACGAGAAAUACGGCCAUGUCGUCCACAUUUCGCUGGAUCCUAACACUCAGGGCGAUAUCUACCUCAAAUUCGAUAAAGUAUCUGGAGGCGAGAAUGCAAUCAAAGGUCUUAACGGACGAUUCUUUGGCGGUAGGAUGAUCAGCGCACAGCCAGUCGUUGACGCAGUUUACAGCUCUCUUUUCUCGAGAACGAAAGCUCUUUGA